UCAGAGGAGACAAGGACACAGGCCCUGACUGCACGAAGGUUGGCAAGCUCAGCUAGAAAAACUGGUUUGAACGUGAAGGACACAGGCACUGUGGUGCGAGACACAAAGAAGGACAGUUUCCAAGAAGACACCUGUAGCGAAAGACUUGUUCACCUGCUGUGUAGCGAAGUGUUUAACUCACAGUGUAGUAGCAAAAACACAGCUGUUAAUAGGUAAAACUACCAGUCUUUGGUACUGUUAACAGGAAUGGAAACCACCAUUUGCUGUUCUGGACAGGACAUAUCCAUGAUGCUCGGAGGAGAUUCAGAUGAAGUCAGAAGAAGAAAUAGGCGCUGGACGAAAAUUUCAUGCUUUUUCCAUGUAAUCAUCGGAAUCCUCAGCAAUGGGAGCGACUGUUUUUUCUACGUGGAACUGAAUGCCACAGAGAAAGGUCUGGUGUACGGACCAGUGAACGAGAAAGUUCUCAUUGCACUCUUGGUCUUUUGUGUCGUUGGAUGCCUCAUUUUCUUAGCUGAUUUGUCGUGCCAUGUGUAUAGUCAUUGUUCCUGUUUGAAGAAAUGGGAAAAACGUAUCAACAACCCACACCUCAUCUCCAUCCUGGCCGUUCUGUUCGGAGACAUUCCUCAAGUUCUUAUCCGCAUUUGCGUAGCCAGGUGUCGUGAACAAGGAUUGAGUUACUUCCAGAUUGCAAAGACGACAUUGGUCUUUUUGGGAGGCCUAAUCCGCAUCUUCAUAUUUAUCUGUGCCCACCGCAAAGACAAGAUUCAUAAAUCCUUCAAAUAUUGUAUGAUAGCUGGACUGUUAAUUCACUUUAGUUUGAUGAUCUGGGCCUGUAUUGUGGGAUUUGCUGAUCAGAAAUCGCCCAGCAGCACAAUUGAGGAGCAAUACAACGAUAAAAAGUACCUCAACAAUGUGGGUGUGUUCUUCCAGCACCCAAGAAAUAACAGUCCAAACAGUUGGAUCAGUGUCAUGUCUAUCUAUGACAUAUACAAUCAACCAAAUGUGUCCCUGUUGUACAUCUAUAGAUACGAAGAAACUACGACACACUGGACAUUCGCUAUUAGGACUAAGUUUCAGAAGGGUUUAAAUCUGACAGAAGGCUCACCAGAGUGUUACAGAAUGGAGCUGACAACAGGCAACAUUUCCACGGUGAACAUGUCUGACUGCUGGAACUCCCUGUUCUCACAGCCAACCAGCCUGCACAUCAAGUUUACCUACACACCACCAGAAUCUGUCUUUCAUAUCAUUCGGAAAAAGUUAUUCGGUGACAUCGUGUACAACAUGAAGGUCACGAAGAACAACUCCUGCCUUACACACGACAUGUUUGUAGCCAGUGGGGACAGUGAUGCCAAACCAACCUUUGGCUAUUUCCGAGUGAAUGCAAAUGUGAGAAACUUCACUGGACCUCAUCUUCUCCUGGACAACGGUCAGCCUCGCUUCUACCACUCCCAGAGCGACCUUCAGGACAUCAGCGAGGUGUGGCGCACAGGUGCUGGAAGCUGCGAAACUUCUGGAACUCGUGCUCCUACCUUCGACAGCAACAUGGAGGUUGACUGUAGCAAGUGAUGAUAGCAGUGUGUGGCGUGUGAGCAAAAACUGCCCUUGGGUUACAGACCAAAGGGAGUUUGUAAUAGGGAAAAAGAAUGUUUGUGUCCCAGAGAGUGCACACACACAAACACACAAAGAUAUUUGUGUCAUAGAGAAACAGCGUGCUUCUUUUAGAAUGCAGAUGAAAAAUGCAACGGGAAAACAGUAUCACAGUACAGAGUACGGAGGGAGUAUCUGUGCAAGUAUAAAAUUCGGAUAAUACAGGAGAAACAAUCAAAAUCUUUUUCUCACAUGGUGGUAACAUUACUAAAGGAAGCGCAUUCAGUUUCAGAUGCACAGGAUGGAAAUAAAAUGACAGACAAGUA